UUUCUUGCUCAACAACUAUUACUCUCACCAGAACUAGCAUGGAUAUAGUCUCCAGUCUCAGCCCAAUCACGUCUGAUGCGUCGAAGCGUGAGAGGGCAGUGGGAAUGCACACUAAGGCAGGGCACUGUGUACGGAUCAUGUCAAUGGCAAUCCAAUCGUGAUAGGAAGCCCAGCAGUACUCUAAGGCCUUCGGCCACGAUUGGUACC